AUGCUAGCAACUUUCUUCAGACUACCUGCUGAACUCCGCACCGAGAUCUAUAUGUAUCUCCUAGUGCGCAGCGAGCCUGUUGAUCCCUGGCAAAAGCAUCACGGACUAGUACCCAGUCUCCUCUCUACAAACACGAAAAUCCUACAUGAGGCUAGACCACUAUUAUAUGGCCAUAACUGCUUCAACCUCAGCGGGUGGCAGUCUGAACUCAUUCCCCAAUUCCUUGACACCAUUGGCUCCAUCAACGCAUCUCAUCUUCGGUGUAUCUGCAUUCACUUUCCUGGACUUCACAUUUUCCGAGACAAGGUCAGCCUGGAUGAAUACAGUCUUUACAUCCUAGAAAAGAUCCAGUACCACUGCACCAACCUGAAGAAGAUCAUCGCGGCCCCGGGAAGCACAAAUAUUAUGGAACAUCGGCUCGUAUCACUCGACAACCCCAAGAUCUGUGCCGAGGCCCUUGGGGUGGUUGAUGCUCGUCUUAGAGAAAUUUUGCCUCUCGAAGAAAUCGCCGUCAAGGUCUGCGAGGAGGCUCCAGGCUUAGAUACCAGAAGGGUUAUGAUGAGUCUUGGAUGGACACUCAAUGUGGUCGUGGAACUAUGGGAAGAAUGGUAUUGGGACGGGUUCGAAAUGGAGUGGGAUGGUUGA